GAGGUCUUGUACGCCUGCCAUGGUCUUUUCAUACUUAGUUGUGAAUGUGCAAAGCCGCUUUGAUAAACGCUGGCUGAGGUCCAAUGGUAUCGCUGUGGUGUUUGGGUAAUGUGAUCAGGAUUAAUCAGAUUGAGUCCAUCAAACACGUGCACUUGGCCCGACCAACCUCCCCCAGUCCAGCAUGGAGCUUUCUCUCUCUCGCCUGGGGUCUGAGUUUCAAGCUCAAUGAUCCGAUGUGGUGGCAGCCACUUUCUGAUUGGUCAAGGAGUGACCACGCAACCACACCUCCAUGGCCCGGCAUUGAGCCCCUUCGCACCCUGGUUUUAUGCCUUCCAGGCCUCGCUCUUAUCUCAGACGAUGCUAGCGCUGAUAACGGAGAAGCUUCAGAACCAAUCUCUUGAUGAUGCAGCAGCCGCGGCAGCCGCUGUUUCAGCCAAUCAGGCAGCUAGACACUUGAAAAUACCAAUAUCAAGAGAGGAAGCCAUUAACCUUUCACCUACCUCACCAGCCAGUCUUGCAGUUAAAGGGAAGAAUGUAUGGGCAUUGCCUGUCCCCCCCUCACAGAUGCCACCGCCCUCUGCAGGAGGGAAGGGGAAGGGAGACAACUCUGGCAGCAGACAUGGCAAAAGUUGUGAUAAGCACUCGUCUGUGGUAACAUGUCGCCACAAGAACCCGCUACACAAAUGUAUUCUCUGUGAUACGAACUCCGGCAUCGCACCACCGAAGAAAAAACACUGCCGAUCUCUCUCAGUGCCGGUUGACUCCAUGACAUCAUCUCCAUGGCAACCAGAUGGAACCAAACUUUGGCGACCAAUAGCUGUGAUUCCGUUGACAAACAAUAAUGUAGAUCAGCAGAACAGGAACAUAACGUCCCGUGUUCCUGAGUUCAAGCCCACAUGUAGAAAUGUGACAAACUUUACCCGGUUUGUGUCGUCACCAUUGAGUAUGGACAGUGGUCAUUUCACGACAUCAGACUUUCAGACUCCGCCUGGUUCCCCUGUACCAAGGCCAGCAUCCGCUCUUAGUGAUUUUUCCCAGAGUUCAUUUGGAGCACCGUGGCUCGAACACAGCCCAUUACGGAAUAACAGAUUUGAAAUUCUCCAGAACCGAAGUCUUUCUUAUGAGGAACAGAUAUCACUUGGAGCUGGAUCUACGCCGUGCAUGUCCGAACAUCUAGGCUCAAACCCGUCCUCGCCAUACCGACACAAAAUCCCAAGGUGUCGCUCUCAGCCGUGUGUUCUCCAUGAUAGACGUUACGCCAAGAAACGGCGACGUGAAGAUUGCAGACCAACCCUUAAUUUUCAAAAAAUGACUGAGACUGCUUAUGGCCGCGUGCGGAGAUCGGUGCCCGUGGGUACACCUGGGGCGGAUAGCCAGAAACGCAGUUCUCGAUUUCACGAAGAGUUGGAGUCGGCCAUGAGUCUGAUGCCUAUUGCCAGCUCUCCCUUAGACCCAGACAUUCCCAUCCGGAAGGUCAUCAACACAUACCCACCUGUCGCAGAGCUCUCCAGGGUCGCGACCCUUGACCUCCCGCCCACGCCCCCUCAAAGUAGCAGCUGUAGUGGUUUUGAUAUCCAGCAACCAGUGCGUCUCAUCGGAGAAGAGGACUCUGAAAGUGGAUGUGGUUGCCGUGGAGAUGACCUUGAAGAUGAAGGAAUGGAGCUGUUUCCUCUAUGCGACCUUGAUAUUGAACAAAUCGAAAACCAUUAACUCAACAGUUGUAACUCAGGAAGUUGGCAUUGGGAAGAGUUAUCUACUCUUGUGAGAGGGGAAUUAUCUCCCUUUGUCAGAACUUUACACAGUUGUAAAAUAUAUCCGAAUCAAGCCUUGCCCUUGUUGAUAAGAGAAUAUCACAAUAUAUUUGAAACUAAAUCCAGAAAGUGCAUUUUAUGUGAAGUUUACUGUAUUAGGGUAUAACCCUACUAAUUGAAUGCUUAAUUGUGUAUGAUUAGGUUUACAUAUUUUCAUGAUAAACUUUUCACGUCCUAGCGGCUGCUAUUGUUGUAUCCACCCGUUAUGAUCCACGACACGGAGGCUGCUGUGUCGACAUCACUCAUCUUCUCAACGCACAUCAAAUGACACUUAUUUGCUUGUUGAGAUUGUCACAUUCCUAGCCCCGAGUUUCAGUAUGGCGAUGUUUGUCAUGGCUGCACAAGCUUGUUACCAGUUUCAUUUAAGAUCUUCCAGUGGUGUAUGCGGACCUUGAUACUGCAGAUUUGUUGAUGUAGCAUCCAUUUUGUGUGUGCGUGCGUGCGUGCGUUCGUGCGUGCGUGCGUGUAUGUGUGUACUUGCACAUUUGUGUGUGUGUGGGUACGUGUAUGUGUAUGCGUAUGCGUGUGUGCUUGCAUGUGUGCUUGCAUGUGUGUGUGCUCAAUUAACUCAACUAUGGUAUGUCGUUGUGUAUGAGUUUUUCGUACCUAGAAUUAGGGGGCUUUCAAGGGGGUUCAUCUUAUACACAGGGUUGAAGAGUUUUGAUGGUUUUGUCCCCAAGACAAUGACAUUACUGUUAGCAUGUCACAUCGGAAACACCAGGUCAACAAAUCUGUACUGAAGUAUGCAAACUAAUCAUAUAAAUAAGCAUCGAUUUUUAAGACUUGUACAGAGGGCUGGUGAAUUGAAAUAAUAAAUGCAUGGACUGAAGGAGUGAAAAGUAAAACUUGUUAAGGGGAAUUGUUUUAGGGAAUCGUUUACAUGAUAAAAGUCACGUCAACUUUGAUUAUUCGAUCUUCUUUUUCCCGUGUUUUCAUUCAAACAGACCUAGAUUUGGGAAAUGACUUAUUGUUCAAUUAUUCAUUUGGACUGGGAGAAAAUCAUUGGAAACUAUUUCUCUUUCAAACUUGAAGAAAAGUUUCUAGUUGAAGCUUCAAUAUGUAUCCGUUCAGCUUUAUGAUGGCGGUCUGUAAAUAAUCGAGUCAGGACCAGACAAUCUUGUGAUUGUCAUCAUGAAUCGCAAUGCAAUUGGGAUACGAUGAAAGCAUCAACCAAGUCGGCGAUGGACAUCUGUAGGUAUGGAAGCGUGACUGGGUGCGUGUGUAUGGACGGCAGUUGGUGACAAAGUCUGUAGGUAUGGAAGCAUGACUGUGAGCGUGUGUAUGGACGGCAGUUGGUGACAAAGACUGUAGGUAUGGAAGCCUGACUGUGGGAGCGUGUGUAUGGACGGCAGUUGGUGACAAAGUCUGUAGGUAUGGAAGCUUGCGUAUGGUACACAACAGCUGUGAGAGUCUGUUUCAAGUAGUGUUACACAUUCACUAGAUAAUUGAUAAUAUUUAAAUCAUUAUUGUCUUAUAUUGCUUGUUUUGUUUUUUUAAUUUAAUUCCACUUGAUUUAGGAAUCCACAAAUUGAUACCCACCGGUAAAUAGCACCUCCAUGUAAAUAUCACAGAUCAGGUUGUAGAAAUACACGCAGGAUAUUUUUCAUCCAAGAUGUAGAUUUUGAAAUCCUGAUCCCUAAUCGUGUGGCAUGUUAACACAUAGCAAGAUAACAAGGUAUUUGUUCCCUCUAUGUAGAAUGUCAUUUUCACAGCUUUGUUGGAAGUUAUUGUUUUUGCAAUGCAAGUAGCAACAGGUGUACUUAUAUCUGAGCCACUUGCAAAAUGCAAUCUUAGUGCUAUGGCUUCAUUAAAUCUGUGUUUAGUAUGAGAGUUAUCAAGGUCUUAGUGCUGAGAUCGUUUAGUGCAAGGGCACUGAAACAAGUAUGGAAGGCAGGUUUUGCAUUGUCAGCUUUAUAAUUGUUUAGCACAUUGAAUCAGUAUGUCAUUGUAUGGGUUUCGAUAAUUACGGAGACUCGUUUGGUGGAAUCUAGAGUUUAAUAAGUACCUUGUAGGUUAUUCAGUUUUUGUUGUGACAUCUUCACUGCUCAUCCUGCAUGUGAGACCGGUGUGACACUCAAGUCUGAUGGCCACAGUGUCUCAGGCUAGAACUUGUUUUGGGGAAACUAUUAUUUCAGUCUGGUUCUGUAGAAGCUGCUGCUAAUUAGGUUAGAAACAUUCCAAGAUUCUGUUUGACCAUGUUAUGAACAAACACGGGAGGACAAAAAACAUGCACAAGCUUGAUAGACGUAAUCAGAAUUCACUGCAGAGUAGAUAGAUGAAAUUAAUGUACCUCUUUUACAUCACUAAUUUAAUAGCUUUGUAAUUUUUUUAAUUGUUUUUGUACAAUAUCUCAAGUUUGAAAUUAACUUAAGCAUUGAAGUGAGGGAUACUUUCAUUUUUAUGAGAGCUUCGAAAGGUUUGACUGAACACUUCAUUUUAGGAUGCACUGAUUAUUUUGAGUGUAAGAAUUGUAAUGAAAUAUUCUCCUUGAAUGAUAAAAAUGAUUGUUAUCAACGGAAAAUGAUUCUACGCGGCAAGAUUGCUUUGGUACAUCUUGAGCUGUGAAUCUUUUUACAGAUUGUUGCUGUUUUACUAACAUAAUAACCAUGGUUACGCAGUGACCUGAUGAACAAAAUGGCAGUUGCUUCCUAACAACUGAUGACCUACUAACGAAUGUGUUGUUCAAAUACAUCGGGCCAUAACAUAUUUAUUACAGGAUUUCUCAUCUCAUCCCUAAUGCUGCUUCAUACCAUCAGAACAUCAUUAUUUUCCUAGCAUUUUUAAGGUCAGAUAUAAGAUAAAAACAUCUCUCUAUUUUUCGAGAAGAUAUGAAUGGAAAUUUAAUAAUGAGUAUGUUAUGGCCCCAAAGCAGUCAUUAUUAACCAAGUCAUAUUUCGCAAGACUAUUUUCUGUGAGUUUAGCCUUGAUACUUUGUCGGCCACAAGUGGCAUUGAUGGCCUGUGUAUAGAUGAAAUUUGUAAUUUUCAUGAAGGUUAUAUAAUAUUGAAUACACUCUGAAGCCACAGUCAUAGCAUCACUAUUUGAGUAGAAGGAAUUACAAACUUUGGUAAAUAAGCAAUUGGUUAACCAUUUGUUAGAUGAUGUAUUUGGGCUCAGAGUCUUGGUUAAGUUCACAGUGUUUGAGCACGGUGUACAACUGCAGAGGAAUGCAGUGUGACAAUGUGGACAUGUUCACCAGCUUGGUGGCUCUACAUUUAAUUGGACAUAUCUAUGUAGGUUUCAUUACUGUCUCUCUCACUCCAACCUGCCCAUUGUAUUCCUCCCUAUUUCAGCUCCGGCUCAACUACACCCUUCUCCCACCCCAGCAUUGUCCUCCCCUUGCAGAACUCUUCCCCUCCCCCUCCCCCUCCCCCUCCCCCUACAAACACACCCAUUCCAUGCCAAUGUCGUCAGCCACAAGCAUUCCCCUCUCUGACAGGCACAUUGCUCUCCAAUACCCUAUAUUCAUGUCCCACAAAAGCACAAGGCUUUCCAUACCACAUCCCAACUCCACAUACCCCUGCCUUGUAGUUAGAUGCCCCAUCCCUCCUGAGCUCAACCCCUCACCCUGAGAUUUAGACGUCUCCUGAGCUCAGACCCCCACCCUGUGGAUUUAGAUGCCCCACCCCUCAUUAGCUCAACCCCUCACCCUGUGGAUUUAGAUGCCCCACCCCUCCUGAGCUCAACCUCUCACCCUGUAGAUUUAAACCUCUCCUGAGCUCAACCCCUCACCCUGUGGAUUUAGAUGCCCCACCCCUCCUGAGCUCAACCUCUCACCCUGUAGAUUUAGACCUCUCCUGAGCUCAACCCCACACCCUGUGGAUUUAGAUGCCCCACCCCUCCUGAGCCCAACCCCUCACCCUGUAGAUUUAGACCUUUCCUGAGCUCAACCCCACACCCUGUGUAUUUAGAUGACAAAUCCCUCCCAAGCUCAACGACACACAUUGUUGAUUUAGAUGCCCCUCCCCUCCCCUCCCGAGCUCAACCCCACCCCUCCCGAGCACAACCCCACACCUUGAGGAUUUAGAUGCCCCUCCCCUCCGAAGCUCAGCCCCACCCCUCCCGAGCAUAGCCCCACCCCUCCCGAGCUCAACCCCACACCUUGAGGAUUAAGAUGCCCCUCCCCUCCCAAGCUCAGCCCCACCCCUCCCGAGCAUAACCCCACCCCUCCCGAGCUCAACCCCACACCCUGUGUAUUUAGAAGCCCCACCCCUCCCGAGCUCAACCCCUCCCGAGCUCAACCCCUCACCCGGUUUCUUUUCAUUCCCCAUCCCUCCCGAGCUCAGACGGUUUCAAUGCCUCCUGUCUACAGCCCUGUUGCCAUUCCCUCACUGCCGCCAUGACACUACACUUUAAGGGACCGAUAUAAGCAUCCUGUGAUCAGUCAAUGUGUUUAGCGUUGCUUAGAACCAGCCGGAAUUGAGACUGUGACACUACAGUACAGCACUUGCAGCUUGGUCGUAGUAUUCUCAUCACGUGGGGAUGUAUAUUUGUAUACAUUGAAUAUUUCAUGAUAAAAAAACAAAAAAUGACACCAGUGUGUAUUAAUCACAAGUAAAUAUUCUAUAUUGGAUAUGGCAUUUACUGUAGGCAAUCCUAAGUCGGCAGAUAUGGAUCCGACUGUUUUGGUUCAGUGCUGAGACUGUUUUGGUCAUGUGCCGAUUGUUCCGGUCACAGCGCCGGUGGAACGCACAGAGUGUGGAUGCUGUGUCCACGCUGUGUUAUAGAGAGCUAGUCAAUGCAGAAAGUUAGAAUGGGAUACAUACCCUGUUUAUCUGUCAAUUUAUGAAUAAAUUUGCUGUGAAAUAGA